CUCACAGCGGGGACUUGGGGCUGAAAUCUGAUCUCCGCUAUUUUUUUUUCACUCCCUCUGGAGCCGACGCGGUGAAUUGGGAGCAUUGGAAAGAGAGAGAGAGGGAGCGAGCGAGAGAGAGAGAGAGAGAGAGGGUAGUACUCUGUGCCAAGCAUUCACGCAACGGCUGCACUCGCAAGUGAGCAGCACCCGGGCUCCAGUUGCGAACAGGCGGAGCGAGAGAACAGUUCCCCUCCGUCGGCGGAGCAGCACACCGAACACGGCUCUGUGUGACCCGUCGCGGGUGAUCAUCACUGGUUCGAGACGCACAUGGAUGGUACUACACUCACCCACUGACUUGAGGUUAAACGCGGGCAAAACCAGACACUGCGCCAUCCUCCGCAUUUUCUUUGGUCAUUUUUCAGGGCGGCAGCAGCUCUUGAACAGGGAUUCUCCCUACUGAAAGUCACUGCGAGGCGGUGUGUUUCAGGAGGAUUUGUGCACCGACUGCAAGACUCACUCUCGGGACUGGAUUUAAAAAACAUUAACAAAUAAUCUUUCGCCAACGUGCUGCUAUUGUUUUCUGCAACUUUUUAAGGAAUUUUAGAGGAACUACCACAAAGCCAAGCGCAUGUAGCACGAAUUCGUGGAAGAGGGAUUAUUGUCCAAUUAUUGUGGAGGAGCGUGUGGCAAGGAGUGUGUGUGUGUCUGUGUGUGUGUGAGUGUUAUUCCUGGAUCGGUCCCGCCGAGUCAGCACUGUGGUGUGUGUGUGUGCGUGUGUGAGUGUGUGUGUCGUCAGCAUGCAUCGGUCGGCGGGGGACGAUGUCUGAUUCUGGUUUCCGUGGUUACUGCUCUCCUUCGGGCAUGAUUGCCCUCUGGGUCACUCUUCUCCUUUUUGUCAUCCCUCCAUCUGACGCAGCCCCUCGAAUUCCCAGUGCUGCACCGACAGACUCUGUGUCUAGUGAGGUGUCGUUCCUGGAGGACCUGUUGGUGGGCGUGGGGGAUAACCUGGACCUCUCCUGCAGCCCAGACGACUAUGCCAUCCCCGUCGCGUGGCACAAGGACGGCGUCGCCCUGUCGCCUAGCAACCGCACCCGCAUCGGCCAGCGCGUGCUGCGCGUCAUCAACGUCUCCUACGACGACGCCGGCGUCUACUCCUGCAGACACGCCCACGGCAACGCGCUGCUUAGCAACUACACCGUCAAAGUUACCGACUCUCUCUCGUCCGGCGAUGACGAGGACUAUGACGAGGACUCGGACUACACAGCAGGUAAUGGCAACGAAGCCCCGUACUGGACACGGCCGGACCGCAUGGAGAAGAAGCUAUUGGCUGUCCCAGCGGCCAAUACGGUGCGGUUCCGUUGUGCUGCCGCGGGCAACCCCAGUCCGAGUAUCCAUUGGCUGAAGAAUGGGAAGGAGUUCAAAGGUGAACAGCGGAUGGGCGGGAUCAAGCUGCGGCACCAGCAGUGGAGUCUGGUGAUGGAGAGUGCUGUUCCCUCCGACAGGGGCAACUACACCUGCGUGGUGCACAACAAAUACGGCACCAUCACACACACCUACCAGCUGGACGUGCUGGAACGCUCGCCUCACCGGCCCAUCCUGCAGGCGGGUCUGCCGGCCAAUCAGACGGUGGUGUUGGGCAGUGACGUGGAGUUCCACUGCAAGGUGUACUCGGACGCCCAGCCCCACAUCCAGUGGCUCAAACACAUAGAGGUCAACGGCAGCCGCUACGGCUCCGAUGGAGUACCAUACGUCAACAUCCUUAAGAACUAUACCAGUAUGAAGACAGAGACCAAUGCUAAACUGAAACUGUAUAACGUGUCUGAGAAAGACACGGGCAAAUACGCCUUACGAGCCGACAACUUUGUAGGCAAGUCUGAGUCAAGCUUCUGGCUGAUGGUGAAGAACCCUGCAGCAGUGGAGCCGGGAAAGGAGGAGGACUACGCGGACAUCCUGAUCUACGUGACGGGCUGCGUGCUCUUCAUCCUGGCCGUGGUCAUCGUCAUCCUGUGCCGCAUGCGCAUGCACACCCAGAAGACGCUGCCCAGCCCGCCUGUCCAGAAACUGUCCAAGUUCCCCCUCAAGAGACAGCAGGUGUCACUAGAGUCCAACUCCUCCAUGAACUCCAACACGCCAUUGGUCAGGAUCGCCCGCCUGUCAUCCAGCGAUGGACCAAUGCUGGCCAACGUCUCCGAGCUCGAGCUCCCGGCAGACCCCAAGUGGGAGUUUUCCAGGACCAGGCUGACGCUGGGGAAACCUCUAGGAGAAGGCUGUUUUGGGCAGGUAGUGAUGGCCGAGGCAAUUGGUAUCGACAAAGAGAAACCCAACAAGCCCCUCACUGUUGCAGUCAAGAUGCUCAAAGACGAUGCGACAGAUAAAGACCUGUCAGAUCUGGUGUCAGAGAUGGAGAUGAUGAAGAUGAUCGGAAAGCACAAAAACAUCAUUAACCUGCUGGGAGCGUGCACACAGGACGGCCCUCUGUACGUGCUGGUGGAGUACGCAUCGAAGGGGAACUUGCGCGAGUACCUGCGGGCGAGACGACCUCCGGGGAUGGACUACUCCUUUGACACCUGCAAGAUCCCCAACGAGCAGCUCACCUUCAAAGACCUGGUCUCCUGCGCAUACCAGGUGGCCCGGGGCAUGGAGUAUCUCGCCUCACAGAAGUGUAUCCAUAGAGACCUGGCCGCACGGAACGUUCUGGUGACGGAGGACAACGUGAUGAAGAUUGCAGACUUCGGCCUGGCCAGAGACGUGCACAACAUAGACUACUACAAGAAGACCACCAAUGGCCGACUGCCCGUCAAAUGGAUGGCACCGGAGGCGCUGUUCGACAGGGUCUACACACACCAGAGUGACGUGUGGUCGUAUGGGGUGUUGCUUUGGGAGAUCUUCACGCUAGGCGGCUCGCCAUACCCUGGCAUCCCUGUGGAGGAGCUCUUCAAGCUGCUGAAGGAGGGACACCGCAUGGACAAGCCAGCCAACUGCACCCAUGAACUGUACAUGAUCAUGAGGGAGUGUUGGCAUGCUGUUCCGUCUCAGCGGCCCACAUUCAGACAGCUGGUGGAGGAUCACGACCGCGUGCUGUCCAUGACCUCUACUGAUGAGUACCUGGACCUGUCGGUGACGUUUGAGCAAUACUCCCCGGCAUGCCCUGACUCGGGCAGCACCUGUUCCUCGGGCGACGACUCCGUGUUUGCCCACGACCCGCUCCCCGACGCUCCCUGUCUCCCUCGCCAUCACCACGGCAACGGUGUCAUUAGGACGUAGCGCUCCAUACAGACCCCCCCGACCUCCGCCAUCCACCUUGACCCCCCCCCUCCCCUCCCCACCUUGUUCUGGAGUGGGUACCAUGCUUUGGAGGAAAUGCUGAGUCACCCUCUCCACCCCGUUGUGCCAAGUCAUGGUUUUGAGCAGCGCUUAACAGGUGGAAAAAAAGGAGAGAAAAAGAACUGUCAGCAAUUUUUUUUUCAUUUUCUAUGUGAAGGAUGGACUUUUGUCUGUUUUUCUGUCUUCUUCCAGAUAUUUGUUUUUUUCUGUUUAAAGAGAAAUGAAAAAUUCCUAUUUUUGUACUCGGCCAGUUUCUUAAACCAUUCAGUCGGAACUUUCUGGACGGUCUUACCAUUCCGUGCCUAUCCCCAAAAAAAAAGAGAGACACACACCGACAGCAAAUACACACUCAAAGGGAGAUAAAGGAACCACAAGGACAACCAAUAGUGCUGCCAAGCAACUGAACAUUGAGAGGUGUGUGUGUGUGUGUGUGUGUGUGUGUGUGUGUGUGUGUGUGUGUGUGUGUGUGUGUGUGUAAGAGUGAGAGAGAGAGCCCUUUAUACAUACAGCAAGUUAUAUCCGUUACUGCAAUAGCUGAAGCCAGAAUCGGACUCACCCACAUGGCCAGUUCUUCCCCUUCAUACCUCUGCAUUCUGGCUCUCCUGGACUCCUAAAGGCUGAAGAGAGAGAGAGAGAGAGAGAGAGAGAGAGAGAGAGAGAGAGAGAGUUAUCCCCCUCUAACUCCUUUUUCUCUCUCCAUGGAUGAAGGGAUGAGGCGUGAAAGAGUGCACAGUCCAUAAACAAUAAACGAGUGCAGGACUCGACUCAUGCAGUUAUUCUUCCUGAGUGAAAAGACAAAAAAAGAAAAAAAAAAGAAUUUUAAUAUGCUUGGAGGUUGGACAAUACUUACAUAAAGAGUUGUGCUUUUGUAUGUCCUGAAAAAAAAGUUUUUUAUUGUAAAUAUAUAAAUAUAAGAACACUAUGUAUCAUAUUUGCAAUCUGCAACGGUGUGCUUUAAAGGAAAAGCGUACUUUUUCUUUACUGACAUUUUAGAAUCGGAGUAUUGCAAUGGAGAGAACACUGCUGAAGAUUGUGGAAACAUUUAAAUCUAAAAUGAUACAAAAAGGUUUUAUUUGAAUAAUUAACUUGUAUAUUUGUAAAGGUAUUUAUAGACAAUAACAUACAGUUUUUAAGGUUUAAAAAAUAUAGUCUAGGAUUUUGGUACUGUAACAUUAUGUUUUUUUUCAGAUUUUAAUUUUUCUUGUAACUUAUUUACAACAGAAGUGCAACAUUAUUUUUUCUCAAAUGUUUUUUUUUUUUGGUCAUUUUCUUUUUCUUUUUUAUACACAUCUUUUUUGUUUACAGGUUAAAGAAUGUAUGGAAAGUGUUAUUAAGAAAUAUUUUGGAUGGAUAUGAAAACCUAUCAUCAGCAACUUAAAUACCAGAACAAAAACAUGGCAAAAAGUCCAAGGAAACCAAAUGUUUUUUUUUUCCUGUUUUGUUUUCUGUUUGUUUAUUUGAUUCACUGUUUCUGUUUAUUUUAUUUUGACUGUGGCGUCAGUGUUAUAUGUUUGUACAUUGAGACAGCAAGUGAGGUUCCCUAUGCAGGCGUUAAACCCCAAGGUGUCUGUUUACUCUUAAAGACUGAACAGAAACUAACUGUCUGGUACAGAUCUCACUUAGGCCCUCAAGCACUUUUAGAUAUAGUAGACUUAGGAAAACUUACAUGUUUAUGAUAAGAAAUUGACUUUUAGUAUUUUGAAAUACAGUGCCAAUUUAGGAGAGAUUGCCUUAGAAUCCUUGCACCACAAUAAAAAUGUAAGCUCUUUUUUUCUGCCAAGGAUGCAUCUCUGCUUGUAUGACAUCAACAUGAAAUGAAUGUGACUUAAACUAAGCUAGGCUCUUUGAAAACAAAGUACUAUGCGAAGUCCAUAGGACACGUUUGCAAAAGUUGUGCCUGGCAUCGGAAACCACACUGCUGCUGUAAACUGUAACCACAGUGUUUCUGCAUAUGAAGGAA